AAAUGACUACUUCAUAAAUGAAAUGAACACAAUUCAUUGUUUGUGCUUUAUUCUUAUUAUCGGAGUGAGCCUAUAUGUUCAUGUAUUAUACAUACCUUUAUGCACCAUGUUUCAAAUUGUUAUCAGCGAUGUUUUUAUCAGUGUGUUUGCUUUGUAUGUUUAUAUCUGUUUAGUAAUUUAAGAUUCGAACAAUGAUGUGUCUAUACCCACAGAGAGUCUCGUUGAUACUUUUAACACUACGUACAAUGUCUGCAUUUAUUUUCUCAUCAAACAUAGAGGAUUCCGUGGAGAUGAGCUAGACAGUUUCCUGCAAUGGUGUUUCCGAAAGCAUUCAAUGCAUCUUGUCAAAGUGUCUUUGAGAGGAGACGUGGAAUUUUUCCGUCCAGAUGUAAAAGAAAGUACAAAAUGGAAGUUAUGCCAACAUUGACACGAAUGGCACAUCAGCCUUUGCAGCUGUGGUCAAAAAUUCGAAGCGACCUUAACGAGAUUUUAUACACAGAUGACGCCAUUAAACAGGAAUUUUUCGUUUUAUCCGAAUCAAAAUUAGGACACAAUGUCAAGACAGGAGAAGAGUUUUUCGAGGCUUUGGACAACAAUUUUAGCGAGCAUUGUGACGUCGUUGAAUUCGUCAUCAACCUUACUGAGGAAAUCCGGCUUCAUGUCGAUGACGGUGCAACAAAGAUGGCCGACACGUUACGUCAAUACUUGCAGAGUCUGAAAGAUUAUGACAAAGAGCUAACUUCAAAGGGGCUAGGACAGAAAUGUUUUGUAGGACGACAACACGAGCUUGAUCUUAUUCUUCGUACUAUCAAAUAUGACGAAUGCGUGAAAGGAAUACUUAUCCACGGUAUGGGCGGGAUGGGAAAAACCAGUUUAGCUGUGGAAGGCUGUCGUCGACUGUACAUUGAGGACAAAUGGAACGUCUGCAAGAUAGAUUUAAGGGAGUAUUCGGCACUGAGGGAUUUAAUUUGCAAUACUCUAACUAAACUUGGAGAAAAGUUGUCGGUUUCAUCAACCGAUCAGAACGCAGACGACCCAUCGGGAGAAAACCAGAAGUACUUGAAGGAAUUGCUGAUUCGAAGAUGCUGUGACCAGACGACAAAUACUGUCUUUUUCUUUGACAAUAUUGACGACAUAUUGGAAAAGGACAGAAAUCAGUUUAUGUUGUUUACUCAGCAAUUAUUAGAAAAAUUGCCAAGUUUUUGUGCGAAUGAUGACUCUCAGUCUAAGAUUCGCGUUCUUUUUACAGCCAGAAAGACACUUUUGGAUAACAGUUUAGCAGUAAAAAUCAUCGGUACUUCGAUUCUAGAAGUUGAAAUCGUUGGAUUGGAAGAAAAAGCGGCUAUUGAUCUGUUUAAUACAACAUCUGCUAUGAAGUCGGACCCAGAAACUGUUAAGAAGAUUCUUUCGUUUUGUGGAAAUUGUCCUCUUGCCAUUUUGUCGCUGUGUAAUAGCAUAAGAAACUCUAAUAUCACACCAGACAAACUACUUCUCACUUUUCAAAUGACCCAGAAUGAAACCAGUGCUUUCGACACCUUUGGAGUUGAGGCUUGCUUGAAGCAAUCCUAUGAACGGUUGGAUGAGAAUCUUCAGCAAUAUUUGGUUAUGUUGUUCGUUUUCCGGACAGCAAAGUUUGAUAUUGAUGCAGCAUCUGCAAUAAGGGGGAACAACAAAAAAUGGGGGAAAGCGAACACCUGCCUUGAUUUGGUACAUCUCAAAAGUCGACACUUCGUUGAGAUGGCAUUUGAGGAUUUUUCGUCAGGACGCUCGAAGUUUUAUUGUCUUCAUCCCCUUGUUGUCCAGUUUCUUUUCAAGAAAUCACAAAGUGAAGAACGAAGUAAUGCCCUCCUUGAUACGGCUAUGAAUCGCUUUAUCGAAUAUUUUGACGGGAUAGUUUCAAGUAUCGCCCUAGAUUUUCACGCACAUCCAGUUGAAUCCCAGAAAAACCUAUUGGAAAACAAAAUUCAUAUUCAAAACUUCUUUAAAUAUAUCAUAAAAUCAGAGGGAAAUUUGAAACACGCCUGUGUGAAUUUGCCCAAAGUUGUAGGGGAAUUUCGUAAAGAUGAACUUUGCUCGUUUGUUUUGAAUGACCAUGAGCGAAACGAGUAUUACGAUCAAAACAUCAAUUUUGCAAAAUUAAAUGAAUUUGUUUUAGACGAAAUAUAUUGGAAAACGGCAAAGGCAAGGCUUUAUUUUGAUAUAGAUAGAUCUGACGAAUGUGAUAGUCUACUAAGCGAGAUUGAAAACAUCAUUAAAAGCAAGUCAAUUCCAUCAGAGGGACAAGUUCAUGCUGUAUUAGGAAUGUUUUACUGGAUGAAAGGAAGACUUUUGAAUGCAAACAAUUGCUGUAAAGAUUCGUUGCAGUGUAUGGAAAAAUCGUUAUCAUAUUAUCAAAAAGAACCAGAACUCUGCAAGACAGAAUUAGCAAAUAUAUACAAUUCCAUUGGUGUGAUUUACUAUAAACAAAAGGAAUUUGAGAGAUCAGAGGAAUAUCAUAAAAAGGCAGUUGAAGUGGAAAAUCAAGUUUCUCAGAACGAGAAAGACGCUAUAGGUAUUAAUCUUCAAGUAUAUUAUACUAACAUCGCAACUGCUCUUUUUGCACAAUGGCAAAAGCAUGCUGGAUCAAGUGUGUCAGAAGAACUAAACCGCCAUUUCAUAACAGAAGCUGAGGAUUAUUAUACUCUAGCAAUAAACCAUGAUCCAAAGCCUUCUGAAGACAGAGCCAAAAAAUUGACAAAUAGAGGGAAGCUGUACCUUGUCAGAAAAAAAUUCGAUGCUGCUGAACAAGACCUUUUGGAAAGCCUUCAGAUCAGAGAAAGCAUUCUGGUGCCUCCAAAUGUAAACCUUACACUUGCCUAUCACAAUAUUGGCCAUUUAUUUAUUCAGAAAGGGCAAGUUCCUGGUACUGACGCCAAGACCGUGGCCGACUGUUUUGCCAAAGCAGCAAAUUAUUAUGAUGAGGCAAAAUUUCAAAUAGAGAGAGGUGGAUUGGCAGUGACGGACCCAGCGUAUAAAACUAUUGUAAAAAACCACAAACUUGCUCUAAAGGUAUUAAUGGAUGAGCGAAGAUCGGAACAAGUAAAGCAAUUCUACCAGGACUUUGAAGCGGGGAAAUAUUCUAAGAAGAUUAAAAAGUGCAGAAGCAUAGAUAAAACCAUGACAAAAAGUGAACGUCUAGCUUCGACAGGUAAAAGCUUUGAGGGAAAGUCCGACUCCGAAUCUGACAAAUCUGAGUCGGAAGAUGAAUCGAGCUCUGACAGUUUGUCUGACCAAUCUUCAUCCGAGGACAUCACUGGAGAUGAGGAAUGUUACAAUUACGGGGACGACGAUUUUAUCAGUGAUGACGGUGGACUUUCAGAUGAAACUUCGCCUCAAAAUGCUAUUGAAGAAUCUCAAGUAUCAAAGGAGACGCGUAUGUCCGCUCCUGAUCUCAACGAUGGUCCCUGUAAUAAACGUCGAGCACUCCCUCGACCGGAGAGGGAAACAUUAGACAGUGGGAUCGACAGUUUGACUUCUGUCCCUAGUGAAGGAUCAUUCACCGAUACUGAUGACAUAUUGAGCAGUAAGAGGAAACGACUUGUUUCGAUGGCUUCGGGUGGGUCUCUAGAAGACAAUGUCUUCACUAACUGUGAUAAAUGAGAAGUCACAUGUUGAUGGAUGAUACUCUGUAUCAUUCAAACAUUCGAAUAAGUGGUAGGCGACCGGGUAAUUUUAAGCAUGUUAAAUCUCAAAAGCGUAUAAGUUUACACUGGCGAUAGCAAUAGAAUAUACAAUUGCCAAUAUUUUGUAUUGUUUGUUUAAUAUGAUAUUUUCUUGUAUAUAUAUUUUUCUUGACGGCAGCAUGUUCAUGCAUAGAUGAGAAUUAUUUUUUGUAUUUUGCUCUUGCUUUUAUUAAUCAAUGAUAUUUUAUUUUAGAAAAUAUAUAAUAUUUUUGUAGGUGUUUAGAUUGUCAACUUAUGAUAUUAUACUUAUGCAUUGAUCUCUCAACUUGAAAUAUCAAACAUCAUUAAUGUAUAUAAUGCAAUUUUGAAAAGGAAAUAUUGUAACAUUUUAUACUUGUUUUGCAAAGAGUGGAAAGGGAUGUCUCGAAAUCAAAACAAAUUGCUUUAAUUUAAACUUUCGUACAUAAUGUUGAUUCGCACAUUAACCAUAUGCAAUAGCUAAUUAAACUAAAGUCUGUUCAAAGCUAUACUUUCCACCACUAUUUCUCAAUAUUUCGCUAUUCAUAAAUAGAUACACUUUUCACUACUAUUUCUCAAUAUUUCGCUAUUCAUAAAUAGAUUUAAGUCUAUACUAUAUUUAUUCAUAAGAAUAUCUGAUUAGAUAAUUAAUGUCAGAUUUUUUCAUUUUUAAUCCCAGUAAGAAAUGUAUUUUCAAAUUUGAUCGUGAUGAAAACUCUGGAUCUAAACAUGCAACAUAUG